GAACUGUGCCUUAUCCCCAGGGAAAAGGAGAUAUUUCAGACUUCACUAAAGAGUUAUCUAACAUGUUUCAACAUAACCCUACUAUUACUUUCUUUGCUUUAAAGACAGCAGCUUGAACUUCUCUCUUUUGCAGCUGGAGAUUAAAUGACACCAAGCAAAACCAACUGUUAGGUUAGAUUACCAGAUUUCAUCCAGGGACACGUGGAGGGUUCAAAUUACAGGAAUCACAGGAGCUGGAAAUCUGCUUCCUCUCAUAUUGUGUUUUGAUACAACAUAGAAGGGGAAAAAAUGAAAAAAGAAGCAUUGCUCUGUUAUCUUCUGCUUGUUUUUCUGUGUGCUGCUCUUGCUCAGAAUAGUAAUGAAAUGCCUAGGAGAGCAAGGAAAAGAAUGCGCUACAGAGGAUUAAGAAAGGGUUCUUUCGCAAACCGUAGACCAAACAAGCAACUACAAAUCAAAUCCCAAAUUCCUACCACUUCAGUUCCAAGCAUUCCACUUAUUAAUAUUGAUGGUGAUAUUACUGAAGUAUUUGACUCUCUAAUUGGUUCAGAUGGACAAGAAUCCAGUUACAAUGUUUUACCAGGAAAGGAAGGCCGCUGUUUUGCAAAUGGGAUGAUUAUGUAUGACAAAGCUGUGUGGUCUCCUAAACCCUGCAUCACAUGCCUCUGCUCAAAAGGAAAGGUGUUGUGUGAUGAAACCAUGUGCCAUCCUCUGACAUGUCCCAUAACCAAGAUACCCGAAGGAGAGUGUUGCCCAUUGUGUGUGGAUAUUGUAAUAAGCAGUGACACAUCAGAAUUUUCUGGCGAUUCUCCAGCACCCAAUGACCCUAGUGAUCCAGUCCUGAAGGACCGACACACACAAGAUGAAAAGGAUGAAUUAUUAGAAAGAGACAAAGAACUACUUGAAAAGAAAGAAAUUAGUAUGAAAAAUAGAAAGAACAGGAAGAGGAAAAGAAUAAAAAGCCACGAAGGGAGGGUAAGAGAGGCACAUAUAAAUGAUCAAAAGGAAGAGGAAAGAAAGAGAAAAGCAGAGGAAAAAAGAAGAAGAACAUACGAAGAAGAAGAGCUAAGAAUUGAGAAAGAAGUCAAGAAAGAGGAGCAAGAAAGUGAAGAACAAGAGAACAUUCAGCAUGAAGGAAGUGAGGAAGAAGUACAGGAGGAGGAAGACAUUUUACGUGGUGAUGUAUUCAGAAUGCCCCCCCGUUUCUCAAUUCCUGAGCCUCCUACUGAAAUGCCUCCUUUACCAACUGGGUGUUCCAUCUUGGACAACACAGUAACCUGUAGUAAUGCCAAACUUAAACAAAUACCACCAAUCAUGGAUGCAGAGCUUACAAGCAUAGAACUUGUAGGAAACAGCAUCACUGCCAUUCCAGAUGAGGCUUUCAAUGGGAUUCCUAAUUUGGAAAGGAUUGAUCUUCGCAAAAAUAAUAUAACCUCUUCUGGCAUAGGUCCCCAGGCGUUUAAAAUCCUGAAGAAUCUGCAGCGCUUAUAUAUGGAUGGUAAUGCACUAGUACACAUUCCUCCUGGUUUGCCAUCAACUUUAGAAGAACUUAAAAUAAAUGAAAACCAGCUACAUGCAAUUGAUGAAGAUAGCUUUGAAGGUUUAAAAAAUCUGGUGACACUGGAAUUAGAAACUAAUAAACUUAGUGAAGCAAAUGUCAGCCCUUUAGCUUUUCAACCUUUGAAGAGUUUGUCCUAUUUGCGUCUUGGGAGGAAUAAAUUUAGGACUAUUCCACAGGGUCUUCCCCAUUCUAUUGAGGAAUUAUACUUGGAUCAAAACCAAAUUGAAGAAAUUACAGAAGUUUGCUUUAAUCAUACAAAAGAUAUAAACAUAAUUGUUCUAAAGCACAACAAAUUAGAAGAAAGCAGAAUAGCACCUUUGGCGUGGAUCAAUCAUAAGAACUUGGAAUCUAUUGAUCUCUCUUAUAAUAAGUUAUACCAUGUUCCCUCUUAUUUGCCAAAGUCAUUACUGCAUCUUGUACUUAUAGGGAACCAAAUUGACAGAAUUCCAGGAUUUGUAUUUGGACAUAUGAAGCCAGGGCUGGAAUAUCUCUACCUUUCAUUUAACAAACUUGAUGAUGAAGGAAUUGAUCCUGUGUCAUUUUAUGGGGCAUAUCACUCUUUAAGAGAAAUAUUCUUAGAUCAUAACCAAUUGAAGUCUGUGCCACUUGGAAUUGCAGAAAUGAGAUCGCUAAUUUUUUUAAGGCUCAACAACAACAAAAUAAGGACUGUCCCUCCAGAGCGCAUCUGUAGAACGAGGUUGGAUGAUGAGGAUGAGGACGAGGAAGAUGACCAUGAAGAGGAUGAUUACGAAGAUUCACAACUAGAACACCUUCAUCUUGAACACAAUUAUAUCAGUACAAGAGAUCUUUCACCAUAUGCCUUUUCAUGUGUCAGAUCAUAUUCUAGUGUGAUUCUGAAACCUCAGAAGAUCAAAUAAAAAAAUGGUUCUUCAUCAUAACACUUGUUUAUAUAUGUAUAUAAUGUAAUUAGAAUAUUUGUACUUCAUCAGUGAAAAAACCCAAAUGCAUAUUAUAAAAUAUGUCUCACAUCACAAAAGAUUAUUUAUCAUCACUGCAGGGGGGCGGGGGAAUAGCUGUAGGAAUGCCUCCAGGAAACUUGGAAUGCACAUUAUUUGAUAUCUAUU